AUGGCUGCCUCCACCAUGUCCAUCUGCUCCAGUGACCUGAGUUACGACAGCCGGGUCUGCCUGCCGGGUUCCUGUGAUUCUUGUACCGACUCUUCCUGGCAGGUAGACGACUGCCCAGAGAGCUGCUGUGAGCCCUGCUGCUGUGCCCCCAGUUGCUGCCACUGCUGCCAGUCCAGCUGCUGUGCCCCAGCCCCCUGCCUGACCCUCGUCUGCACCCCAGUGAGCUGUGUGUCCAGCCCCUGCUGCCAAUCCUCCUGCUGCACACCAUCAUGCUGCCAGCAGUCUAGCUGCCAGCCAGCUUGCUGCACCUGCUCCCCCUGCCAGCAGUCCUGCUGUGUGACCCUUUGCUGCAAGCCUGUCUGCUGCACCCCCAUCUGCUCUGGGUCAUGCUGCCAGCAGUCUAGCUGCCAGUCCUCCUGCUGCCAGCCCUCUUGCUGUGUGCCUGUCUGCUGCAAGCCUGUGUGCUGCACCCCCAUCUGCUCUGGCUCCUCCUCCUGCUGCCAGCACUCCUGCUGUGCUCCUGUGUGCUGCAAGCCUGUGUGCUGCAAGCCCUGCUCCAGUGUGUCCCUGCUGUGCCGCCCUGUGUGCAAACCUGCCUGCUGUGUGCCCACCUCCUCCUGCUGUGCCUCCUGCUGCCAGCCCAGCUGCUGUCGCCCAGCCUCUUGUGUGUCCCUGCUGUGCCGCCCUGCCUGCUCCAGACAGACCUGCUGA